AUGAUGGAGAAAGAGGUGAUAAGCGUCGACAAGUGCAGGAUGAGGGAGAUGGAGACAGAGAUGGUGGCCGAACAAAGUGAGCCCAAACUCUCCAAGUCCUUCACUACUCUCCUGCUCAAGGAGAGCUACCUGCAAGAUGUUUCAUAUGUCAAGCAGAAAGUUGUCUGCCACCCCGACUGCCUAGAGAUCCUGACGGCCCUCUGGAACGAUAUUAUCAGCAACGUCUUUGUUGACCUCGACAAGCUGCACACCGCCACACAUACUGCUGACGCCAAGCACAGAGAGACUGUUCAGCUCAGGAACGGCAUUGAGCUUGUUGCUACAUUCGCAAAGAUCUCCCAAUGCAUUGAGUCACAUGGAGACUGGAUUAAUGCCUGGGAUUGCUACCAAGAUGCAGUUGUCUUCCUGUACCCCCACCAGGACCAAGAGCUACAGGUGUACAGGAACUAUGUCAAUGGAUUGUUCAAGUCCUUGGCCAUCUCCUAUGCUAAACAGAUUGUCAACAUCAACUGCUACAUCCACCUCCAGGUUGCCCAUAGCAACUGCCGGCUUCUUAUCCAAUAUAAUCCUUAUCACGCAUUCUUCCCGUCUAAACAGGUCAAGCUCCUCCUUCUCUGGGAUGAGCUUGGCAUUCCACACAAGCAGCUGAAGCAGAUUUUUGUGCACUCCCUGACCAUCAUUGGUUUUCAGGUCGACUCUGCAGCCAUGACCAUCACACUCCCCAAUGAAGCCUGA